GUUAUAUAACAAUUUAAAUAUUGUCAAGGUUGGCUACUCCAUGAUCAGUUAAGUUGUUAUGCCAAGAAAUGAUUUUCUUACUCGACCAGCUCCUGAAAGUGAAGAUGACCUGGAGGUGCCAGGCCAGCCAUUUCUAGGUCUACUAGGGAUCUUGUCAGAGUAUUACAAGUACAGGGAACCACACAAUAAGCAAGGAAGAGCUCUCGGGAAUGCUCUCAAAUACCUCUACAGAGUCAAGAAGAGAGAGGUGAACGGUACUGUAGAUGAGAACUUCGGUCUGGAGAUCUUAGACGCUGUUUCAAAGGUGGUGGUCAACAAACAUCCACCAAAAUCAGCUCCUGUCCCGACACCAACCCAGGGGGAAUCCUCCACCGCCGACCAGACUUCCUCCAAGGAACCAACCCGUGCACCAGUUGCCGAGCCUCCCCCUGAUAGCGACACUUUCAGCGACUUCGGCUUCAGCUCUUCUGGCACUUCUAGCGACGAACUGGGCUCCAAGAUCAACGAUCUCGUGGCCAUGGUCAAGAGCAAGGUGAAGAAGAAGAAAAAGAAGAAACGUAAGCAGUCGGAACAGGAGUCAAUGGAUGAUGAUACCAUGACAUCAGAACCAAUACCUAAACUAAAGAUAAGGUUUGGUAAGCAAAGGUCAGGAAGUGAGGAGGUAUCGUCCUGCGAGGAGACUAAACCAUCUACUGACUCCCCUAUGAAACUGACAAUAAAGUUAGGUAAUGUAGGAUCCAGUCCUCUUCUACCACCCCCUCCUCUACUGACCCUUCACAAACCCUCUCCCCCUGUCAUGUCCCCUCAACCAUCAUCUCCUAAGUACGAGCCAGCCCCCCAGGAUGAGAACUCAACAGUCCUCAAGUUCAAACUGUCUGAUGUUGAAGAACUGGAGGAAAAGCCACCAAUAAAACUAACGUUACGAGUAGCUCAGCCCAUGAGAAAUGCCAAAGGUUGGAUAUCACCUCGUACCGAACAACUGGUCAACUACAUCGACAACGUUACCACGUUUAUCGACGAGAGUGUGGAGUUUUCUGGAAAAUCUGAAAACGCUCCAGAAUGUUCUUCUCCCGAGCAUGCUCCUUUAGUCACACCUCCUACACAAACACCUGCCUUUCCAGAACCUCCCAAACUAAAACUAGCUCCAACCUCCCCCUCAAAACGUGUUGUUAACUGUAAACCAGCACCCCUCACCACCAAGAUAAUGUUUCCGGCAGCAGCAGUUGGGGUGUGUAGGAAGCGGAAGAGGGAGAGUUCACCCAAACACCACGCAGCCGCUCUCACUCCAAAGGAAGUAAUCGAGGAAGUCACUAAACCGGCCGUCCCACCUCUCAAAUUCCGGAAAUCCUGUUUAUCCAAUAAAGUUGUGGAGCAGCCGCCAGCUCCAGAUAUCGUCCCCAUUAAAAAGUCCCGAGCACCUUCAGCUUCAUCAAGUGAUACGCCAAUAACUAAAGGUCCUAAGAUGAAAAAGAGAAAAAACAUUGGUUCUGUUGUUGAAAAUAAAGAGUUCUGGAAUUGUGGGAUAUUUAGCAAUACAUUGAAACAAGAUUCUAGGAAAUUGGUGCAUGAUGAACUGGAUUUUAGAUCGAACAUUCUCCCUAUUUAUUGCGGAAUCAACUAUUUGCGGAAGCAGACAAUGUUUACAUUGCCACAUGAUCUUUACUGGAUGAAAGAGAACAAAUUAAUGCCUAAAAAGGAAGCUCCCCCAAAAGCAUCUAUAGAGGAACUGGAAAAGAAGUUGAUAGCUCGAAAUUGUCCUCUUCCGAAGCUGUCAGAGUGUGAAUACGUUUUCGACGAGCAUAUCGAUAAACCUAAAAAAAGAGGCAGGCGAGGAAGAAGAAAAGCUGCCGUCAAGAAGAAAACCAAAGACGUGGAGGCUGAGGCUUCACCAAGGUCGCCGGGUCCAGUGGAGAGUUUGUCCUCUCCCUGCGAAUCACCAGGUCUAGUCAUCCAGUCUGACUGCGAGUCUCCACUACCCCUGGACUCAGACCCGUUAACUCUCAGUCAAUUUAGCGCUCAGACUUCGUCCGAUAAAACUUCUGAUGAAAUAGAAAGUCCCAUUGAACAAAGUGGAAACUCUGAGAAAGGUUCGGAACGUGGAUUAAGAGGAGCUUCUCCGCAAGCUGAAGACCGUUUAGAUCGUAAUAGAACGCCUUCCGAGGGUAAUUCAGUCGAUCUAGUUUCAGAUAAUCUCCAGAUUGCUAGUGACGCUACACCACCCCGGGAUGAAACGCCACCGCGUGUCAUCACGCCGUCACGUGAGAUAACGCCGUCACGUGAGAUAACUCCGCCACGUGAGAUAACUCCGCCACGUGAGAUAACUCCGCCACGAGAGAUAACUCCGCCACGUGAGAUAACUCCGCCACGAGAGAUAACUCCGCCACGUGAGAUAACGCCGCCUCAAGAAGCUACACUGCCACAAGAAGGUACACCUCCACAAGCCGAAAACACAGUGACGGCGAGUGAUUUUGCUUCGAAAGAAACUGAUAUUUCCAGUACAAAUGUGGGUUCAAACUCGUUGCAUACUGAUUCAGACAAUCUGCCUCAAAACACACAUCUGCCCUGUGAGCUCGUUCAGGCUGACACCGUGCAAGAAAACAGUGCAGAUUGUGAAUCCGAGGCAGCGGUUAUCAAAGCAACAGAAACCAGUCCUUCCUCUAAUCUGGAAUCUGCCACCGUUACCCUCACCUCUCGGACUCCAAAAUGUAUUGAGAAAAUUCCAAGGAGAACUUUACCAGCAGGUAAUGAUGAGGAGGAACUGGAAUCCGACUCUGAUAUUUCGUUUAAUCAGGAUCAGGACACCGUAAUAGAACAUCAGUCAAAGCGAGCAAUCCAAUUGUAGAACCCUAGAAACCCUAGCUUAACUUCACUUCAUUUUAGUUCGUGUACAUGAUAAAUUAUCAAGCUCUUUGGUUGCUUUUAAAUUGUUUUCAUUUUUAAAUUUUAUAGCCCUUUUAUUUAAAACGUAUAAUAUAUUGAUGUGUUUCUUUGAUUUGUUUUGUGCCGAAAACGAUCAAAUGAUUGAUUUAGAUUUGAAGGGUCAUUUGAUUGAUGUUUCCUUUGAUCAUAGUAGAAUCAGUUUAUUAUGUUUUAAUUUAAUCUCUAAAUACCUCGCUGGUGCAGAGCGUAGUAUGAACAGAUGCUUUGUAUUAAUACACAAAAUAUAUUUCAAAUGGUGAGAACGCUGGCUUUUUUUGUUCAAAACAUCUUCUACCGAAUUAUUUUAUUUAAAUCUUUCAAAUCAAUCAAUUACAUUUAAUCAAUUUAAAUUGCACAAUUGAUUAAAUGACAAAAUGUGUCCUGAGAGUAAAUGUAAAUUUGCGAACGAGCUUAAUAUGAUUAAUAUGCUUAAUAUUUUAAUUGUCAUC